CGCGAGAAGAGAAACAACAACACGAUCAGCCGUCGUUGUGCGUUGGUGGGGGUAUAUCACGAGCUAUAUACACUGCAAAUCGUGUUGCUGCCGCUGCUUAUACGAGUUGGCGCAUAGCGGAGGAGCCUCGCAUAGACACCUUUUAGUACUCGCAGAGCCGUGCCUGUCGCGCAGCAGCAGCAGCGGUGGAGGGAAAUAUUAUGUGUGAUGUAAAUAAAGCUGACUCACAUCAGCAGCAUAUCGAAGCGACGACGGAUCAUGUUUUAGACGUUCGUCCGAAUUUCUACUAUGAUAAGACGGCAACAAUCUCGUAAUCCAGAAGCAAAGCUGGACGUGCUCGGGGAGUCCAGAUAUGCAUGACGCCUAGCAGCGCAGUGAGAAAAAAGUGCAAAGGGAAAGAAAAUCGUAUUGCUGCUGGCUGACAGAUUUUCUCCUUCGAGUUUUACAUGCACGCUGCGAAAAAAUAGCCAUUCAUAAGCGAGAAAUCGAGAAGAUUGGGAUAUUUCCGGAGUUAAAAACGAUCGGAAGAUGGAGGUCGACACAUCGUUCGCCGAUCCAGCUGCCGAGGCCAUGCAAGAGGAUAGGAAGGAGGCUGGUAAGCGAGGAAGACGACCUGGGCGCAAAUCGCUGGAGAAGCUCGACCAGAAAGUCAAACUCGAGCGCAGUCGACAGAGCGCGCGAGAAUGCCGUGCUCGGAAAAAGCUGAGAUAUCAAUAUUUAGAGGAAUUAGUGUCGGACAGAGAAAAGGCUGUGAACGCUCUACGAAAAGAGUUAGAUAUGUAUGCUGUCUGGUGCCAGGAGCUGGACGCUGGCAGAGUCCCCGAGGGCUUGAGGGAGAUGGUGGAGAACCUUGGUACCACGGUGAAAAAAGAGAGUCCACCCGUUAAGAAAGGACAACAGAGAUACGAGGAGCAGACUGAACUGCAGCUAAGUGAUAUGGCAUGUGCCAGCACGAGUAAGAGUUAAGAAUUACUCGUGUGCUUAUAUAUUGUAUGACAGAAGUCGAGAAGGAACGAUGGUACAAUUUUUAUUUCAUAAUUUUUUAUUGAAACGAGUUUUUAAAAAGACUAAGAAUUAAUUAUAUUGAUAGAUAUUUUUUUUAAAACUUUUAAAAGUGUAUAGUUAUGUUAUUUACAAUAGAUGUUAAUUUUACCAAUUAACAAUUUAAAAGAUUAUACAUGUUUUUCCUUUUUUUACUAUAAAAGAAAACAGAAAAGAAUACUUACGAUGACUACUUGUCAUCGCGUGAGAUAUAUCAUAAAUGGUUAUCUAAUGAAUGUAACAUAACUUGUAAAUAAGAUUAUUCCCCCAAAUGAGAAAGGUUAUUCCCGAUGUGCAUUGAAGUAUGUAUGUAUGUAUAUAUAUCUACCUGUCCUACCUAAAUAUGCUUGAAUCUUUUGUCAAAAAUGUUGGUAACAGUUUGAUUCUACUCUUGGUUGCAUCAGUUACGUUCAUCGAUCUCUUUUUUAUUUGAAAUCAAGUUAUGAUUUGACAACCAGUUGGCAAAAAUUAUUCAAAAGUAACUUAUGAUAAUGUGGAGACACUGUCUCUGAAAAUGAAAAAAAAAAAUUAAAAAAUGUGUAAUAUAGAGUUUGUAAAUUAAAAUUUACUCAUUGUUAUAUAUGGUAAUAAAGCAAAUAUGUUCUGUAUAUUUUUAUUUUUUCAUUGAAUAAAACUGUGAAGUUUAUAAUA